GCCCACCUCCCGCCCACCCAUCGCCGAGUUCGAGACCGUGGAUUGCUCGAUUUGUUGCCUUCUUCUUUCUCUUUGUUAUCUCUUUCUUCCCCAUUGUUUUUCUACUGUAGCGGGGAGGGGCUCUCGACUGAAGCUAAAUCGAGAGGCCUCUCGAAGUAGGAUAAUCGUUUUUCUUUUGAGGGAGUAUAACGCAAGACAACAUUUUUCUCAGGAAUCUUUUACACCAAUACUUCAAACUGUGUGGAGAUGUACAAGAAGACUGAAGUGAGCGGACAGAUAAAAACAAGUCAAUACUCCUGCGCCCAGCGAUCCCCCAUCUCCCACAUCCACCAAAAUGGCCGAAGCGGCGGCCGCCGUCCCCGGCGACCCCCCGGCCGGCGCCACCGUGCUGGACUCGCUCGGCGAGGACAUCACCCGCAUCGUCUACCCCGUCUCCGCCUGCAUGCUCCUCGUCGUCCUCCUCGUCUCGCUCCUCUCCUCGCCCUCCUCCCCGUCUCCCCUCUCCGCCUCCAUCGCCGCCGCCGCCGGCGGCGGCGGCGUCUCCGGCGGGGGGGACGACAUCCCCACCGCGCUCUUCACGGCGCUCACCUUCGUCGUCGCCGUCACGGCCGCCACCUUCCUGCUCGCGCUCCUCUUCUACCUCCGCUGCACGCCCUGCCUCCGCGCCUACCUCGGCUUCUCCGCGCUCGCCGUCCUGCUCGUGCUCGGCGGCCAGGUCGCCCUGCUCCUGCUCUCCCGUCUCCGCCUCCCGCUCGACGCCGUCUCCUUCGCGCUCCUCCUCCCCAACGCAGCGGGGGCGCUCGUGCUAGCCGCGCUGGCGCCGGCCUCCGUCCCCAUCGCGCUCCACCAGGCCGCGCUCGUCGCCGUCGCCGUCCUCACCGCCUUCUGGUUCACUCUGCUCCCCGAGUGGACCACCUGGGCGCUGCUCGUCGCCAUGGCCGUCUACGACCUCGCCGCCGUGCUGCUCCCUGGUGGUCCUUUGAAGGUGCUGCUUGAGCUCGCCAUUGAGAGGAACGAGGAGAUACCGGCGCUGGUCUACGAGGCGAGGCCGGUGGAUCCCCGACACGGCCGAAAUUGGCGCUUGUGGAGGGAAGGGAGGCAGCCUGGCGCGGAUUUGGAUGCCAGUUCCACCACGGUCGAGGUGAUUGGGGAGGUAUUGGGGAGGAAUCUUGACGCCAACUCUGGAAACAAUUCGUCGCCCCAAGUUCAUGAAGCUGCCACUUCAGCUGGCAAUGGCAACGUUAAUAAUUCGAGGCCCAGGGCGACACUGGGGGCUGCUUUGAGCUCAGAUUCUACAGUUGAACAAGCUGGGGAGGUAUCCGCAUUGCGGGAGCAUAGAGUGGCUGUUGCUGAAAUGAGGGUACCUUUGAUCCACAGACGCCCAGAGAGAUCUGGGGAAGAGGAGGAAGAUGAAGAUGGCAUUGGGUUGAGCUCAUCUGGGGCUAUCAAGCUCGGGUUGGGGGACUUCAUAUUCUACAGUGUUCUGGUCGGUAGGGCGGCGAUGUAUGACUACUUGACAGUGUAUGCCUGCUACCUUGCCAUCAUUGCUGGGCUUGGCAUCACUCUCCUCCUGCUGGCGUUCUUCCGCAAGGCGUUGCCUGCCCUACCGGUGUCCAUCGCCCUUGGCGUUGUGUUUUAUGUGCUCACAAGAACAUUGCUGGAGGAAUUUGUUGUGCAAUGCUCCACCAAUCUUUUGCUGUUCUAGCAUUAAUGGAACAUUGCUUAUUGAUGUACUAUUGUAGCCCACAAUUGACUUUAUUACUGGUUUAUUAGCUCUUACUUUUCUGGAAAUGUUAAUUAAUAAUUUGACUGGUCAUGCAACCUAUAUGAAGCUAUUUGAAAUUUUUGUCAUAUUUUCCACUACUGAUCUUUCUGUGUAUGUCCCAACUUAUGUACAUUCCUGUCUGCUCACGUUGAAGCACCUGGGAUUUUGUAAUAAAACUAAUGAGGACAGUUUGGAUGCA